AUGGCUUUCCGUUCCUUUAGGGCGCAAUCGGUUUCGAAUCAAGGAUCAUACCCAUCGGAGAAGAUAUCAGAAGAGCCAUUACCAAGCAAAGUGGCACAGAGCACCGUAACAUGCUUCUACCAAACCAAUGUGGCAGGGUAUUGGCGAAACAUAUCUAUCUUGUGGUGCAAGAAUCUCAUGAACCAUUCCUUACACAUCACCGUCGAUAGCCCCGGCGGUGACGCGCAUUUCGGCUGCAAGAUCGACGUCAAGCCAUGGCAUUUUUGGAGCAAGAAAGGCUACAAGACUUUCGACGUGGAAGGCCGUUCCGUCGAGGUCUACUGGGACCUCCGGUCGGCAAAAUUCUCCGGCAGCCCCGAACCGAACAGCGAUUACUACGUUGCGUUGAUUUCCGAAGACGAGGUGGUUUUGUUGUUGGGAGACUACAAGAAGAAGGCAUACAAGAGGACGAAGUCGCGGCCGGCGCUGGUGGAGGCAAUGCUGCUUGUCAAGAAAGAGAAUGUGUUUGCCCGGAAAAGUUUCGCCACCAAGGCGAGGUUCGAUGAGAAGAGGAAAGACAGCGAAAUCGUCGUCGACAGCUCCACCGGCGGUCCUAACGACCCCGAGAUGUGGAUCAGCAUCGACGGCAUCGUGCUCAUCCACGUCAAGAAUUUACAAUGGAAAUUUAGAGGCAAUCAGACGGUUAUGGUUAACAAGCAGCCCAUUCAGGUUUUUUGGGACGUUCAUGAUUGGUUGUUCUGUGGUGCUGCUGCUGGGCCUGGGCUUUUUAUAUUCAAGCCCGGCCCACCCGAGGCGGAGAGCGAGAAAGAAGGAAGCGCUGUUGAAGGUUGUGAGGGUAGUGAUGAUGGGAGUGUUGGGUAUUAUUCAACUCUCAAUAUUGCUACCUUUGAGUUCUGUCUUGUUCUAUGUGCCUAUAAAAUUGAGUAA